AUGAAGGUGAUAAUAUUUCUUGGAAUGUUUCUAAUGAUUAUUUCGUGUGUUCAAGCUAUAUCAAAACAAGAUUUGAUUGAGAGUUUCAGUUUAGAAGAAAGAAGCUUAAUUCAAAGUAAUGAACAAGCUGAUGAUGAGGUUAAUGUUACUACAAGAUAUCCAAUGGGAGGAGGUAGAAGGCUAGCAGGAUUUGGAGGAGGAGGUGGACGAGGAGGUGGAAUGGGAGGAGGAAGAAUGGGAGGUGGAUUCGGAGGUGGAAUGGGAGGAGGGAUGGGAAAAGGUGGUGGAAUGGGAGGAGGUGGUGGGAUGGGAAAAGGUGGAAUGGGAGGUGGUAAGGGAGGAAAAGGUGGAGGUGGUAAGGGAGGAAGCGCGGGUGCAGCGGCGGGAGGAGUGGCAGGUGGAAUGAUUGGAGGUGGACUUAUUGGCGGUGCAAUUGCUCACAAUAGCAAUGGCGGAAACAAUGGCUCUUCUAGUUCUGCAACAAUAUUAUCUGCAGGGACUCAUUUUUCUGAUCCAAAGCAAAGAAUGGCUAACAUGAAGGUGAUAUUUCUUGGAAUGUUCCUAGUGAUGAUUUCAUGUGCUCAAGCCAUAUCAAAGCAAGAUUUCAGUUCAGAAGAAGGGAGCCUAGUCCGAAGCAAUGAACAUGCUGAUGAUGCGGUUAAUGUUACUACAAGAUAUCCAAUGGGAGGAGGUAGAAGGCUAGCAAGAUUUGUAGGACGAAUGGGAGGUGGAGGUCAUGGAAUGGGAGGUGGUCAUGGAAUGGGAGGAGGAGGAGGUCAUGGAAUGGGAGGAGGAGGGCAUAUGGGAGGUGGAGGAGGUCAUGGAAUGGGAGGAGGAGGACAUAUGGGAGGUGGAGGUCAUGGAACGGGAGGAGGACGAACGGGAGGAGGAGGACGAGGAGGAAAGGGAGGAAGAGGAGGAAGGGCAGGUGCAGUGGCGGGUGGAGCGGCAGCUGGAGUGAUCGGAGGUGGAAUUCUUGGCGGUAUAAUUGCCGAUCACAAUAACAAUGGCGGCUACAAUGGUGGCAAUUAUGGCUCUAGUAGCUCUGCAGCAACAUUAUUUGCAGGGUCUAAUUUUUUUGUGUCAAUAUUGAUUUUAUGUGCUCUGGUGUCUCUGGAUAUUGUUCAAAGCAAGCAAGAGGUUCCAAACAUGAAUGUAAUGUUUUUGGUACUGUUCCUAUUCCUAUUGAUUAGUUCACGUGCUCAAGCCAUAUCAUAUGAAGAUGAAGACAAAAGCAUAAUCCAUAGCAAUGAACAAGCACAUGAGAUAUAUCUUACUAUAAAAAGAGGAGGAAGAGGAGGAAGGGGAAGAGGUGGAGGAAGGUCCGGCGGAGCAGACGGUGCAGCUAUCGGCGGUGGAGCAGGCGGUGCAGUUAUCCGCGGUGGGGCGGGCAAUGCAAGGGCUAAUCACGGGCACAAAGAGUCUCAUAAUUUUGCAACAUUAUUGUGUGUUCAAGCAAUAUCAAGUGAAGAUUCCAAUAUCAAUGACCAAGCUCAUGGCUAUUCAAUGAUAGGGAACUUAGAUGGAAAUGGGAACAUAGCGGUCUCUACGAGGUUGAACCAUAAAGUUGUGAAUAUGGAAAGUAAUAAAGAACAUAGACAUGGAAUAUCUGUUACUAUAAGAAAAGGAGGAUUUGGAGUAGGAGGAGGAAGGGCAGUGGGUGGGGGAGCGGCUGCUGGAGUUCUCGGAGCUGGAGUUAUAGGCGGUUCAAGCGUCAAUCACGGGACUCAUCACUCCAACCAUUCUGCUGCAUCAUUAUCUGCUGUGCCUCAUCAAGAGCUUGGGUUGAGAGCAUCAACUUCAUCAACCAUGAAAAGAAAAAACUCUUCCUUAGGAUUUGAUGAUACUCCAUUCACUCAAGAAUAG